CCUUAUAUUCAGUUGGAAUCAGAACCGCACAGCAGUAAAUACUGAACUACUGAACCGCCAAGAUGACUGUCGAGUUCAAAAACAUGAGCUUCAAGUCAGGAAUGGAACUAAAAGUCACGGGGAGCCCUAACAGCAAUGCAGUCCGUUUUGUGAUCGAAGUGAGAGAAUCUGAUGAAAAUGUUGCGCUGCACUUUACCCCGACCUUCCCUGGUACCAUAAUCAUGAACUCCAGGAAGGAUGGAGUCUGGGGUGAGGAAGUGAGAUCUUCACACUUCCCUUACCAGCAUUUGCAGGAGUUUGCGGUGACCAUUGGCUUCACGGACACUGUAUUUUACAUUAAUCUGCAUGAUGGCCAUAUGUUGGAGUUCCCCAACCGUCUGAAAAAAUUGAGAUACGAUUUCAUUAAGAUUUAUGAUGAUGUCAAGGUCAAUGGCAUAGAUAUGAAAUAAAGACCAACCAGGAGGUGCUGGACAUCUCUUUCUGGCCCCUGAUUGGCUGCUCUGCUUCUGCUUCCUGGUGCCUUCCUACAGCUUUGUCCCUCCCAGAGAUCAGUGCACUUAAUCCAGUGCUUCUCUGAAACAUUUACUAGAGACCCUCUGACAUCUGUCAAAACUCACUGCGUAUGAUAAUCAUUUCAGCUUCAACAAUAAAUCUCUAUCAUGAGUUAA